AUGGAGCAUUUUGGUAGUGUUUAUACUGAAGAUCCACGUCAUGUUCUUCAAGCUGGCUGCGACGACAAUGUGUGGCGCUCCUUCCACAAAGGCAUGGAAGAGAAGCUGUGGCGUGUGGACACCUUGCUGCUUGCCAGCGCCAUCAUGGUGGGCGUUAUAGUUGGGAUAGAUGCCUAUAGCCAGCGCUACCGUCACCACCCCUUCACCCGUUUUAUCUACCUCGGCGCCACCACACUGUUCUUGACUAUCAUCUCCUCCGUCGUCUCAUCCAUCAACACUGGAUUCGACUAUAGCAUGAUCAUCCCUGACAUAUGGGACCAGAAAGCCCCUUCCUUGAUGGCAGUGUGCAAUCCGGACAAGCACUCUGUCCUGGUGGUAACAUGGGCACAGCUUGUUCAGAAUGUCCUCAUCAAUACCAGCAUAGUAGUCGCUGUUGACAAAAGAGAAGGUCGCAGCACAGGCCCUCCUAUGGAACUGCUUGCUCAGGGGGUCUGGAUCCUUUACCUCGGUAUCAGCCAUAUCUACAUACUUCAGGCCACAUCCCACCAUACCUUGGACUUCACUCUUCUCUAUCUCCUUGAAGUCUUACCUUUUGUCCUCACUCUAGCCAAACUGGCAUUCAAAUUUUAUGCUGCUAAAUUUGCGCAGCAAUCCUUCGCCUUUGGGCGCAAUCCUUGCCUUGUUUCUAGGUACAUGCGACAGCUGCAACCAAUGGCCGUACCUCCACCCCCACUAUUGGUUAUGGGAGAAGAGAGCAGGCACAUCGAGAAGCAUCCUCGCGGGUACGUGUUGAUGGAUGAUGACGACAACUCAGGAUCGAGAACAAUGUCGUCGUCGUCGUUGCACAAACCAGGCAUUAACGGUUUGGUGACAGUUGACAGGGUUUGGCAGCAGCUAGAUGGCAACAACGGCACAAUGCUUCUUCCAGCGCGAACAACACAGAGGCUAAAGAACUUGUGCUUAUCUUUUGCAUUGUUCAAGCUGCUGCGAUGUCGAUUCGCAAGGUACGAGCUUGCUGACGCUGUCUCUGGCUCUGAUAUGAAGAACUCAUUCGGUUAUUUCUGGAGCCUGUUGCUCAAGGAUAGUGAACCAGCUGAUAGGGUGUUUAGGGUGAUUGUGGAUAGCCUCUCUUUCCUUCAUGACUACUACUACUCGUCCCUCCCCAUCUCCUACUCAAAGUGUUGGCUACCCAUCGUGGGCAUCCUUAUCUCGCUCUGCAGCAUAUGCUACUGUAUCUUUCUUUCAGUAUGGAUGAUACACAAUAAGUAUGGUUGGGUGCAUGAGUGCAUCAUCAGAUUGAGUGUGUCAUCCGAUGUAAAGGUGCAGCUUCUGACGUCUUUGGAAGCCUACUAG